AUGGGCAGCUUAGCAAGCGAAGACAACAGCAGCUUCCCAAAGAAGCCUGUUCCAUCAGGCGCAUGGGACACCCAUCACCAUAUCUUCGAGCCGGACCGUUUCCCCUUCGCAGAAGGUCGACACUUCACACCAGCCCGCGCCUCGCUCGAAGAUUUACAGAAGUUCGCAGAGUCAAUCGGAGUCGACCAUGUCUGUAUUGCCCAUGGCCUCUCUUACGGGUUUGACUGCAAGUCACUUCUUUACUAUUUGGAAGAAUUUCAUGACCAGGCACGAGGUAUUUGUGUGUUAGACCUAGAAACGGUUUCAGAUGAGCUCCUAGAUGAAUACCACGUGGCGGGAAUACGCUCGGUCAGACCUGACUUUUUCCGGCACAAGGCCAUGAACAACGUACAGCAGCCUCAUCUUACGUUCUGGUCUCGUCUGCGAGACGUGGUGGACGGAUGCCCGGUACCUGUUGUGGUGGACCAUUUUGCCUUGAUUGCUGGUAGUAGCUACCGAGUCAAUGACUAUGCCACCAAUAUCCAGGAUGGUUCGUAUCUGACAGAAGGAGAACGCAUCGGUCUGGCAGCGCUUUGUGAGACACUCCGAAAUGGCAAUCUGUGGAUAAAAAUCUCUGCUCCUUACCGUUGUUCAAAUCUGGUGCCAGGCUAUGAUGACCUCCGGUGGUUGGUGAGACGUUUUGUGGAUGCUAACCCCAGGCGAGUGGAGGCCUUUCUUCAGGUUGACGAUAAGCCCUGGAUUGAGUCCUUGAGUCGGUGGAUGUCAGAAGGUGAGUGGCAGCUUUGGUGGGUGGAGAACCCGGCUACGCUGUAUGAUUAUCAAGAGUAA